CCCGAAUGGUCAGAAGAUUUUCGGGAUUGGAAUAGAGAAAUGUAUGUUAAAUGCACCUAUAAUGGCGUUCAAUUAUCCGAAACAGAAUUUCCAAAAAAAUGGCUAACAGAUGGUAUUCAGAUAAAGAUCUUAUUCCCUUUUCGUCUUAAACCUUGGCAUCGAUCCAAUCUAGAAUCCUCGGAAAAGGAAAAAAAAAAUCCAAUGAAAAAAAAAAACUUUUGUUUUUUAACAAUUUGGGGGGGGGAAGUAGAAUUGCCUUUUUCUGGUUAUCCCCGAGAUCGGCUUUCAUUUUUUUAUCCUAUUUUAAAAGAACUCAAAAGAAAGACGAAAAAUUUGAAAAAUGAUUUUUUUCUAGUUUUAAAUGAAAGAACUAAAUUAUUUUUAAAUGUCUCAAAAGCAAUAACAAAAUGGAUGAUAAAAAAUAUUUGCAAAAGUAUUCUAGUUAUAAAUGAAAAAAGAAAACAACUCCUGAAUUACUUAUUUAUACUUAAAUUCAAAAAAAAAAAGGAAUCGAUUGAAAGCAAAAAAGAUUCUACAAUCACUAAGAAUAAUCCACUUAUUUACGAAUCACCCAUGCCAAUUCAAUCCAUUCAUUGGACAAAUUGUUCAUUGACAGAAAAAAAAAUAAAAGAUCUGAAUGUUAAAACAAAGACAAUCAUAAAGCAAAUAGGAAAAAUAACAAAAGAAAAGAAAGGGGAAUUAAAAAUUUCAGAGAUCAAUAUAAAUUCGAAGAAAACAACUUUUGGUAUCAAAAGAUUAGAAUUGGAAAAAAAUCUUUUGCAUAUAUUACAAAGAAUAAAUCAUCGGUUAACCCGAAAAUCAUACUCAUUUUUCAAAUUUUUUGUAGAAAGGGUAUACAUAGAUAUCUUUGUAUGUAUAAUUAGUAUUCCUAGGAUCAAUGUACAACUUUUUUCUAAAUCAACAAAAGAAAUUCUAAAUAAAUCCAUUUACAAUAAUGAAUCAAAUACAGAAAGAACUGAUAAAACAAAUCAAAAUAUAAUUGACUUUCUUUCGAUUAUACACAAAUCUUAUAAUACUAGGAGUACGAAUUCACAGAAUUCUUGUGACGUAUCCUCUUUGUCCCAGGCCUAUGUAUUUUAUAAAUUAUCACAAACCAAAAUUCUUAAUGUAUAUAAGUGUAAGUUAAGAUCUGUUUUUGAAUAUCAUGGAAAAUCUUUUUUUCUUAAGAAUGAAAUAAGGGAUUCUUUUUUUGGAGCACGGGGAAUAUUUCAUUCCAAAUUAAGACAUAAAAACCCUCCCGAUUCUGUAAUCAAUCAAUGGGUAAAUUGGUUAAUAGGUAAUUAUCAAUAUGAUUUAUCUCAUAUCAGGUGGUCCAGAUUAGUAACACAAAAAUGGAGAGGUAAAAUCAAUGAAAAUAAUAUGGCUCAAAAGAAAUAUUUCGCUAAAUUUGAUUCAUAUGAAAAAACUCGACCAAUUCUUUACAAAAAACAACAAGUAGACUCAUUACCAUUAAACAAAAAAAAUGGAUAUGAUUUUUUAUCCUAUAAAUCUAUUAAUUAUGCAGAUAAGAAAGACUCAUAUAUUUCUGGAUACAGAUCAACAUUCCAAACAAAUAAAAAGCAAGCAUUUUCUUAUAAUUACAAUACACAUAAACAAAAGUUAUUUGAUACAAUGGGUAAUAUCUCUAUCAAGAAUUAUAUAGAGGAAUAUGCUAUUAUAGAGAUGGAAAAAAAUAUGACUAGAAAGUCUUUUGAUUGGAUGGAAAUGAAUGUAGAAAUACUAAAUCGUUCUAGAUCGAAUAUGGAAUUUUGUUUCUUUUCAAAAUUUUUUAUAUUUUUGAAUGCAUAUUUGAGAAACCCGUGGAUCAUACCAAUUAAAAUACUUUUUUUCCAUUGUAAUGAAAAUACGAAUGUAAUUGAAAAAAAAAAAAUGAAUGGAAAGAAAAAUAAAAUAGACAUUUUUAGACCUUCGAAAAAAAAAAAAUCUCUUUCUUUUGAGUCUGUAACUCGAAACCGAUCAAAAGCGGAAGACGAGGGUAGGAUAGAUAUUGAAUCACCCCUCUCAAACCAAGAAACAGAUAUUGAAGAAUAUUAUGUGACGUCGAACGGGAAAGGGGAGAAGGGUACAAAGAAAAAGAGAUACAAGAAUAAGAAGGAGGCAGAACUUAAUUUCUUACUAAGAAAGUAUUUGGGUUUUCAUUUAAAGUGGGGGGGUUCGUUAACUCAAAGAAUAUUGAAUAAUGUCAAAAUAUAUUGUCUCAUAAUUAGAUUGAUAAGUUUAAAAGAAAUUGCUAUAGCCUCUAUUCAAAGGGGAGAUUUAAGCCUAGAUAUUAUGGUGAUUCAGAGUCAUAAAGAUUUGACUCUGAAAGGGUUAAAGAAAACUAAAGACUUGAUGAAAAAGAGAAUAUUGAUUAUCGAACCAGUGCGUCUGUCUAGAAAAAACAACGAACAAUUUUUUAUGUAUCAAACCACAGGCUUUUCCUUAAUUAAUAAGAGUAAGGACCAAAUUCAUGAAAGAUAUUCAGAAAAAGGUCGUGUUGAUAAGAAGAAUUGUGAGAAAUACAUUCGAAGAACAAGAGAUCAAAAGAUAACGGAAAAUAAAGAAAAAAAUACGUAUGAUUUGUUUGUUCCUGAAAAUAUUUUAUCCACCAGGCGUCGUAGAGAAUUUAGAAUUCUAAUUUGUUUCAAUACUAGGAAUCUAAAUAAUACACAUAGAAACAUAAUAUUUUACAACGAGAAUAAAGUCAACAAUUUCUGUCAAGUUUUGAUUAAAAAUAAAGAUCUUGAUAGAUAUAAAAAAAAACUAAUGAAUUUAAAAUUGUUUCUUUGGCCAAAUUCUCGAUUAGAAGAUUUAGCUUGUAUAAAUCGCUAUUGGUUUGAUACGCAUAAUGGAAGUCGUUUCAGUAUAGUAAAGAUAUGUAUGUAUCCGCGAUUUAAAAUUCGGAAAUCUAUUACAUUUUCUGUUAUUUACCGUAACAUAUAUAACAUAUAUGAUUAUGAUAUAUGAACAAAAAUGGAUACCUACAUAAAUGCGCGCGCAUUAUUUCUAUUCUCAAGCAUUGAUCCUAAUUCAAUACUAGAUCCAUUCGAUCAAAAAUGAAUUAACAAAAUCGUCUUUUUUUUUAGCAUCUAAUUUUUGAUUUUAUGAAUCUAUAUAAAUAUAAUUUUUAUAUCUAUUUGAUAAUUUUUAUAUCUAUUUAAAUUGAUUCAUAAUCAAAUUUAAUAAUCCAUUUUUUUUUGAAAAAAUGGAUUAUUAAAUGAAUAUUCUUUUUGAUACAAAAUUCAAAAUUAGUGUCAUUACCCUUA